AUGACCGCGUGGGCCUGGCCGACCGCACUGCCUCGCCGCCUCGCCGCGUGGGCCUGGCCGACCGCACUGCCUCGCCACCUCGCCGCGUGGACCUGGCCGACCGCACUGCCUCGCCGCCUCGCCGCGGCCGAGCGCACUGCCUCGCCGCCUCGCCGCGUGGGCCUGGCCGACCGCACUGCCUCGCCGCCUCGCCGCGUGGGCCUGGCCGACCGCACUGCCUCGCCGCCUCGACGCGUGGGCCUGGCCGACCGCACUGCCUCGCCGCCUCGACGCGUGGGCCUGGCCGACCGCACUGCCUCGCCGCCUCGCUGCGGCCUGGCCUACCGCACUGCCUCGCCGCCUCGCCGCGUGGGCCUGGCCGACCGCACUGCCUCGCCGCCUCGCCGUGUGGGCCUGGCCGACCGCACUUCCUCGCCGCCUCGCCGCGUGGGCCUGGCCGACCGCACUGCCUCGCCGCCUCGCCGCGUGGGCCUGGCCGACCGCACUGCCUCGCCGCCUCGCCGCGUGGGCCUGGCCGACCGCACUGCCUCGCCGCCUCGCCGCGUGGGUCUGGCCGACCGCACUGCCUCGCCGCCUCGCCGCCUCGCCGCGUGGGUCUGGCCGACCGCACUGCCUCGCCGCCUCGCCGCGUGGGCCUGGCCGACCGCACUGCCUCGCCGCCUCGCCGCGUGGGCCUGGCCGACCGCACUGCCUCGCCGCGUGGGCGAGGCAGACCGCACAGCUUCGCCGCCUCGCCGCGUGGGCCUGGCCGACCGCACUGCCUCGCCGCCUCGCCGCGUGGGCCUGGCCGACCGCACUGCCUCGCCGCCUCGCCGCGUGGGCCUUGCCGACCGCACUACCUCGCCGCCUCGCCGCGUGGGCCUUGCCGACCGCACUGCCUCGCCGCCUCGCCGCGUGGGCCUGGCCGACCGCACUGCCUCGCCGCCUCGCCGCGUGGGCCUGGCCGACCGCACUGCCUCGCCGCCUCGCCGCGUGGGCCUGGCCGACCGCACUGCCUCGCCGCCUCGCCGCGUGGGCCUGGCCGACCGCACUGCCUCGCCGCCUCGCCGCGUGGGCCUGGCCGACCUCACUGCCUCGUCGCCUCGACGCGGGGGCCUGGCCGACCACACUGCCUCGCCGCGUGGGCCUGGCCAACCUCACUGCCUCGCCGAGUGGGCCUGCGCGACCGCACUGCCUCGCCGCGUGGCCCUGGCCGACCGCACUGCCUCGCCGCGUGGGCCUGGCCGGCCGCACUGCCUCGCCGCGUGGGCCUGGCCGACCGCACUGCCUCGCCGCGUGGGCCUGGCCGACCGCACUGCCUCGCCGCGUGGGCCUGGCCGACCGCAAUGCCUCGCCGCGUGGGCCUGGCCGACCGCAAUGCCUCGCCGCGUGGGCCUGGCCGACAGCACUGCCUCGCCGCGUGGGCCUGGCCGACAGCACUGCCUCGCCGCGUGGGCCUGGCCGACCGCACUGCCUCUCCGCGUGGGCCUGGCCGACCGCACUGCCUCGCCGUGUGGGCCUGGCCGACCGCACUGCCUCGCCGCGUGGGCCUGGCCGACCGCACUGCCUCGCCGCGUGGGCCUGGCCGACCGCACUGCCUCGCCGCGUGGGCCUGGCCGACCGCACUGCCUCGCCGCGUGGGCCUGGCCGAACGCACUGCCGCGCCGCCUCGCAGCGUGGGCCAGGACGACCGCACUGCCUCGUCGCCUCGCCCUGGACGACCGCACUGCCUCGCCGCCUCGCCGCGUGGGCCUGGCCGACCGCACUGCCUCGCCGCCGCGCCGCGUGGGCCUGGCCGACCGCACUGCCUCGCCGCCGCGCCGCGUGGGCCUGGCCGACAGCACCGCCUCGUGA